UUGGAUCAGACCUCUACUAAUACUGUUCUAGGCCAAGUAUCCGGUGCUGGCGUCUUCAACACGAUCGACAACGAUAAAUUCAUCUUCAAUGAACCUGGUGUCUACAACUUCCUCUACAUUCCCAAGACCGUUCAUUCACCAGAAGUUCGUGUACAAGUCCGAAUGGAACGAUAUCCCAAUAGAAAGGUAGAUUUUGGUCUACUCGGGCGGUACAUCUCACAAGCCGAGCUCGUUCAGCCCACUAAUGCCACUGUGAUCACUGGUGUCACGUUAGAAGCAACUGGUACUGACCGAGUUUAUGUUAUGGCCAGAAAGGAUACGCGACGUUUCCGAUAUCGUACAGAUAUUCAUCGUGUACUGGUCUACGUGAACAACGUCGAGCGAGGACAGCCGGAGAUCUACGUGGUCCUGGAGGAAGCGCAAAUUGGAAUUCGAGUCCGCGAAAGCUAUGCACUUGACAUUGACCGACUGCCGAUGUACCAGGAGAGUAUGGGCAUGCUGGAUAUCCAAUUAUCAGUUCCUCCACAAUAUGGAGUAAGACCGGAUGGCGACAAGACCCGUGAGACAGAGCUGCGCCAACGAUACGAUCUACCACGUAUUAGCGGGCUGAUGAGACCGUUCCCCGAGCAGACCAGUGCUGCUAUCAUGCAGGGACUUACACUCAAUGACGUGAACUCAGAGACUUACCGACAACAGAUUGUCAACAAUUACCGAAUCGUGGGCUCUGGAGAACCCGGCUCCGAGCAGAAUCCCGUGGGAACACUUGCGCAGGGCCUUCCAACAGAGAACAUGUUCACUACGAGCAAGGAUGAGGACAAACAGUUCGAUGUCUUCCCUGAAGCCAAUUUACGCGCCGGUCCCAUUUAUAAAACGGCACCGAUGUAUGAUAGCGGAGCGUAUCGAUUUGAUCCCCAGACGGGUAUGGACAUCAAUCAAGAGCUUAAUAACUGUCGUGGAUUGCAGGAGGAUGUUUCAUUGAAUCUUCAACCAUUCCAAAGCAAUGCCAACCUUAUGUACGGUCUGAAACACUGCCCUGACGACUCAGCGUCAAUCAUCAGUGAUUGUGGUGAUAGUGUUCCGUGUCUCUACAGUUACGCCCUGUUACAAUCAAAGGUGUUGGCGUUCGAGGAGCAGGAUGCUUUCAACAGUUUUGUCACUGAACGGAUGGAGGCCAUCAGACAAUACAAUAGCUGUGGUGCGAUCAAUAUCGAAUACCCGGAAUACAUGAUGAAAACGCCUGCAUUAGCCCCAGGAUAUCUGCAGGGAGAUGUGGCUCGCUUUGGAUGCUACCAAACCCACUGGAUCAAAGGAGACCACGAAUACAAAUGUGGUAUUGUGGUCGACUACAACAAUCCAAACUCAUACCGUUUCGAGUGGAACAAAGGUUCCCAACCGUGGUGCCGAUCGAGAAUUAAAGAGACUACUUCUUCAAAUGGAUUACUCAUCGUAGCGAUCAUUUUGGCAUAUACCAACAAAGCCCGAGUGGCAUCCAUCGGCUCCCUAGAUGACGCUCCUCAACUGACACAGCGAUUCCCGGCUCGGGGUACUCCGGCAACGUUGGAGCCUGCACGGUUAUCGCCAAUCUCGUCAGCAGCUGAAUUACGCCGACCAACAUCGCAGAAUCUCUUUGGACUGAAUACGAGCGUAUGA